GAUCAUGGCAGCCAACAAAUGCGCGUAUUAUGACCGCUUUCUAGAGAUAACAGCCAAGACCACGAGCGUUCUAAGCAAAAACCAGCUAAGAUGUUUCGAGCACCAGGUCGCAGGGCAUGGUAGUGGAGAGAAAUCUAAAGAAUGGAACACCUCGCAAAAAAGGUCAUGACUGAGCACGAGUGUGCGUGAAUGGAAAAUGUUGGUGAAUUCGCUGUUAUUCCUCAUCUGGGUUACCAGGACACUGAUGGUCCACGCGGGGUGCGACUCCCCGCUUGUAGUACAGGGAAACGAAGCCAAGUUAACAUCAAGUUACUGCGAUGCCAGUCGCGGAACACUUAACUAUGCGAAGACUGAUACUCACGCUGGUUCCUGCUGUCUUCGAUAUGACCCUGAUGACUAUUUGCAGGUCGAUCUUCUUUCUGAAAAGCUUGUUACAGCUGUAGCAACAAAAGGGGAUAGCCAUAACGAGCGAAAAGUGCUGGAAUAUACUCUCUCCUUUAGUCUAGAUGAAACAGAGUGGUGGGACUACAUGGAAGACAACAUUGUCAGGCACUUUGUUGGCAACACAGGUAGCCGCCAUAUGGUAGUCACCCGCACUCUUAACAGUUCUGUGAGGGCACAAUACGUCCGAUUCUAUCCGAAGAAGGCGUAUGGUCACCCUUGUAUAAGAGUGGAGGUUUAUGGCUGUCCUGUUUCCGAAGCGCUCGGCGUGGAAGAUGGCAGGAUUCCAGACCUCAACAUGUCAAGCUCUUCCGCACGGGGCCCUGGCUUCGAAGCGUAUCGUGGGCGACUCAAUAAUCUCCAUGGAAACGGCUCAUGGUGCUCAAACAUGUCGCUUCCAAAAAAUCAGCAAUAUUUGCGAAUCGACCUGGGCAAUGUGUGGGAAGUGACCGCUGUUGAGACCCAAGGGAAUCCAUUCUUGUAUUGCGAAAUGGUUAUGAAGACGGUUAACUGUAGCGAUUUCAACUCGAGCGCCCUUCCUGGAGAGCUUUGUGAAGUUCCUGCGCAAUAUUGCAGAGGCUCAUGGGUCAAAAUGUUCUCACUGGACUACAGCCUCGAUGGAAAAGAAUGGAGAAAGUACGGAGAAGAGGGUAUAACAAAGGAAUUCACCGCUAAUGAGAACCCCAACAGUACUGUACGUAAUUAUUUAAAAGGAGUAACAGCCAGAUUAAUCUCCAUACAACCCAAAGACUUUAAAUUCAGGAUGUGUUUGCGAAUCGAAAUACACGGACGCGAGGCUUGUACGGGCGAUCUUGGAAUAAGCAACGGUCGCAUUCCUGACGGCCAGCUCUCCUCCUCUUCCACCGCGGGACUAAACUACGCUGCCAAGUAUGCUCGUCUGAUGAACCCUACUCGCGUGUGGUGCGCCUCCCCAGACGACCCCACGCCGUACCUGCAGAUCGACCUCUACUCUACGCACCGUGUCCGUUUCAUCGAGACUCGGGGCCACGUAGUGAACGGCUCGGGUCUUUGGGUGGCGUCAUACUAUUUGCAGUUUAGCGUGGACGGCGAGGAGUGGUACAACUACACGAGAGGCGGGACGGUACAGAUAUUUGCUGGUAAUACGAAUGGCAAUAAUAUAGCUAAAAGAGAUCUACCUGGUCCAAUCGUCGCUGUCUAUAUCCGUAUAAAGCCCGUCACAUGGGUCGGAUACACGGCAUGUCUACGCAUUGAUUUUAAAGGCUGCAAGGUGUGCUCAGAUGCACUUGGGUUGGAAAGCGGUGAAAUUGAAAACGAUGCUAUACAAUCUAACUUAUAUGAUCAGUUUGCUGAACCUUACAAUGCUCGUCUUAGAAUGAACAAAAGAGGAUGGCUAACCACUGAGCAUUUGCUCAAUGUAAAGUUGUUUAUAAUAGUGGACUUUGGACCAGGACUAGCAGUGGUCAAUGGGAUUGCAACACAAGGAUAUGGCAGUUAUCACGUUGCUAGAUACACUUUAUCAUACAGUGAAGAUAUGGUGCUGUGGCGGGAUCACACUGAGAAUGGCAUGAAGAGGAUAUUCAAAGGGACAACACGGAAGGAAAUCGUACGGCAUAAUUUUCGUAAGAACGUGACGACGCGUUACGUGGAGUUAACUGUAGUAACAGUCUUAUUUGACUAUCCUUCUUUACGAAUGGAGCUGUACGGAUGCCGAGUAUGCGAGCGAGCGUUAGGCAUGGCAGGCAAAUCGAUUCCAGAUUCUUCUAUCACGGCAUCCUCCACCGCUACUGGUUACAACGAGUUUGAUGCUCGCCUGCACGGUCCGUCUGCCUGGUGUGCGGCAUCAAACAAUCUUAACAAGGAGUACCUUCAGGUAGAUCUCCUUACCGUCAUGGCCGUGACGGGAUUCGCCAUGCAGGGCCUCGGUAUUGACGGUCCGCAAGUCACUUAUUAUCAGGUGUCGACUGCUUUGUCCAUACUACGUUGGGAGUUUAUUGUGGAAUCCAUAGGCCGCCAGAGGUUUGACGGUCCUAGUUCUUCAGAUGCGGCUCAUAUUGACCGCCCGAGACGCCCUAGAACAGCCCGAUACGUGAGGUUUUGGCCCAUUAAAUUUUCAAGUCAGAUGUGUGCGCGAGUGGAGAUUUAUGGCAGAGAAGCUUCUCCGUGUGAGAAUCCCUCUGACGGAGGUGCAACCGCACAGAUUGGAAUGACAUCUGGGUACAUCAACAGCUCACGCAUAACGGCGUCUUCCUCCCUGGGGGCAGACUAUCAGCCAUAUUACGGAAGACUUAGUACUAACCUAGGCAAGGGAGCCUGGUGUGCUCUUGAUCAAGAUGAUCGGCAGUAUCUUCAAGUCGACCUUGAAGUACCGUAUAGAAUUAUGGGAUUCUCGACUCAAGGAAAACACCGUAUGUCCGACGACACGAUUGGUCAUGCAUGGGUGACGUUAUACAAUGUGUCGGUCAGCUCUCAAGGAUAUGAUUGGAGUCUCAUCCAUGAUGAAAGCAAUGUGACUUUGGUAUUUGCAGGCAACAGCAUCUCUAACUUGACUGUUAAGCACUUGCUAGCGUCCCCUGUUGUGGGUCGUCUUGUAAGAUUCCUUCCAACAGCGUGGUACAACCGCAUCUGUAUGCGGGUCGAGGUCUUUGGAUGUAAAGUCUGUGACGAGCCGCUUGGAAUGGAGAACCUUAAAAUCCUUGACUCCGCUAUAAAAUCUCACAGUUGGGACGGUCCGUAUUAUUAUAACUUUUAUGCCCGACUUCACAUUAAGCAGCGUUCCUGGCGGGCUGCUUUAGUAGUUAAUCAGUUCCUGCAAGUUGACCUCGGUCCACAAACCAAAAGAGUAACAGGAAUCGCAACAAGUGGGAGAAGAAAUGCAUGGGUGAGGCUAUACACGCUUUCUUACAGCUUGAAGGAGGCCUAUUGGGUGGACUAUUACGAGAAUGGAAAACCCAAGGUGUUCAAGGCAAAUACUGAGUGCUUAUCUAUUGUCAAGAACAUCAUACGAUCUCCUUUUAAAGCUAAAUAUAUCAAGAUGGAUAUCAAAGGAGUGAUGAAUUAUAUAGAUUUGCAAAUUGAAAUGUAUGGGUGCACAGUUUGUCUCGAUGCACUUGGCCUGGACGACGCCAAAAAAUAUCCCGAUUCAAUAUUCGCCGCUAGCAGUUCCGAAUCCACUGAUGGCUACCAUCCAUAUAUGGCAAGGCUGGGUGCGCAUGCGCACGAAAAAUCAUGGUGCGCGUCGACGAAAAGUGAAAAUCAGUGGCUUAGUGUCACUCUUUCGAAAGCUUAUCCUAUCAACGGUUUGGCGGUCAAAGGAAACGAGAUACUGGAUCAAUGGACACAAACAAUCAAGAUCGAAUACACCGAUGAUCUUAUACACUGGUACUCACUCAGAGAAAAUGACCAACCGAUAUUUCCUGCCAAUCAAAACAGCACUGAAAUUAUCAGUAUCAACUUCAAAGAAACAUUUCUUGCUCAAAAAUUGAAGAUAUAUACCUACCAAUGGAAGGACCUCGGAUGCUUAAAGAUCGAACUGUUCUUUGGUUGUGACGAUUGCAUGGACGAGAUCCCUCUCUAUGAGUACGGCCCCAGAACGACAGAGAUGACAGCCUCCAGCUACUUCGGGCCAGGCUUUGAGCCCUACCUCGGCUCUUCGCGUCACGCAAGUGAACUCCAUGGCUGGUGUGCAGGCUCAGACGUGGGCCAGCAGUUUUUGCAAUACAGCUUCAAGGUAGCCAAUAAGAUCACAGGGAUCACCACUGAAGGACUAAUUACAUCACCACACGAUGGCAAUGCAUCAUGGGUGAGCCGGUUCAGGGUUGAGUAUAGUCUGGAUGGGAGAACAUGGAGUAACUACACGGAGCGAGGACAAGUUAAGAUUUUCCAUUCGGGCAGAUUUUCAACGUUCUCCUCGCUGAGGGAUACGACUGCGCGCAACGUCAAAAUCGUUCCAAUCACUUGGACUGGAUGGAUAUGCAUGAAAGCAGUCUUACACGGAUGUGCCGAAUGCUCAUCUCCACUUGGGUUAGAGAGCCACAAAAGUACCAUGGGACUGCGUUCCUCCACUAGCCACGGUCACCAGGAAGCUAACGAGGGAAGGUUACAUAACGUCGACCGAGGCUUCAGUGCUAGAGACCCAGGAUGGGACAUGCCAGUGUUUCUUGAAGUUGAAAUCAGGAAUGCGAGGCAACGAACGGUAACUGCCGUAGCUGUCCAGCCAAACUAUCAGUCAGACAAAUGGACCUACUGUUACUACAUCACGUACAGCCCGCGUGGUAUUGAAUUCUAUGACUACACGGAAGGUGGGAGAACGAGAAUAUUCAGAGGCUACCGUGAUAGAGAAACUGCCGUCAAGUCUGCACUGAGCCAACCUAUUGUGCUACGGUUUUUAAGAUUUUAUCCUACCAGAUGGUAUGAAUACCCAGGACUGCGUGUGGAGCUAUAUGGAUGCGAAACCUGCGAGUCUCCUCUUGGAAUGCAGUCAGGUGCGAUUCCCAACUCGUCUAUCACCGCCUCAGCCUUCAAGGCUGGUCACGAGCCGUGGAAAGGGAGACUGGGCUCGGCCACCAUGUGGUGUGCUGGAAAUCCCAUAGUUUCGGGUUACACAAAUUUCUUUCAGGUUGAUCUGCAACAACUUACCGAGGUAACUUCUGUUGAGAUCUUUGGGGACGCUACCACAAAUAACGGGGUAAAAACAGUUAGCUUCGCCUACAGCCGAGAUGGGAUCUGGUGGAACUACUAUUAUGAAUCAAAAACUUCGGUAAAGAUCUUUGAGCCUGCUUGGGAUGCGGCACUACCUGGAAGAGCAGAACUACGGAGUGAAUUUUACACCCGCUUUCUACGUAUUAUUCCUGUUGUAUGGCAGUCAGACCCUUGCAUGUCAGUUGAGAUCAGAGGUUGCCAAGUUGUGGAUCCUUGUGAACAUCCAGUCGGUAUAGCGACGGCACAGAUCAACAACUCGUCUAUGUCCGCAUCAAGCUGGCUCGGACCAGGAUUCAAACCAUGGCUCGGUCGACUGAACUCGGGUGGAGCCUGGUGCUCACGUCAUAACAAUGUGACGCAGUACCUCCAAGUGAUCCUGCAACCCAUGUACAGCAUUUCAGCGGUUGUCAUACAAGGGAAAGAGGAGGACGUCGAAUCCGGCGAAGCAUGGGUGACAAAGUUUAAAGUCGAGUACAGUGAUGCAAAAGGCGUUUGGAACAUUCACGAGGAGAAUGGAUCAAGUGUGUUCAAUGGCUGCAGUGACGGAAAUACACCAUCUGUCACCGCAUUCUCACGUCCACUGUUUGCCAAGACACUUCGCGUCCGGCCUGUUCAGUGGCAAAACCACAUCUGCAUAAGGAUGGAGCUGCGAGGGUGCCAAGUCAAGGGGAGAGCUGUUGGGAUGGAAUCGGGAGAGUUGGAAGCAACCCAGAUUACAGCAUCAUCUUCCAGAUUUCCUCAACUGGCACGUCUGCAUGGGAACUCUGGGUGGGGUUACAAUUCCCCUAAUGACGAGUUUCUACAAGUGUCAAUAUAUCCGCAUGGGAAAUUGCUAUCAGGAAUCGCCGUGCAAGGUGCAACCAGUUACACUACGAGGUUCACGCUUCACUUUAGUAUGGAUGCAAAGCAAUGGUUUGAUUAUACAGAGGAAGGAGAAAUAAAGUAUUUUGAAGGCAACAAAGACACGUACAGUGUCAGACUUCAUUAUCUUUCCUCGAAUUUGACCGCUGGCCACAUCCGAAUCACGCCUAAACAGUGGUAUAUUGGCCCCUUUUUGAAAAUUGAACUAUUCGGGUUCGACGGUUGUGACUUUCCCAUUGGUGUGGCGAAUUUCCCGAGUUCUUUAUUCAGUGCUUCUAGCUUUGAGUUAGGCCAAGAGCCCUGGAAAGCAAAGCUGGGAGCCGAGUCCUGGUGCGCUAAUGGGACGGGAGACAAGGAAUACCUUCAGAUAGAUCUUGCAGACAUUUAUGUCGUGAGUGGCUUCGCCUCUGAAGGCCACCCAUCUGGAAUGUAUUGGAUGAGCUCCUUCUACGUAGAAUACAAAGAGAAGGAGCACGAAGAAUGGGCUAAAUUUGGCACAACCAAUGCACAGUACGUGCUUAAAAUAAGCGUUAAAGCUGCCGACCCUAAUGUUCCAAGGAUAAAGACGCAACUAUACCAGAAACUCCAAGCAAGAUACUUGAAGCUUGUUAACCAGUUUUUCGUAGGGAAACCUUGCCUGCGUAUUGAAGUGUAUGGAUGUUUAGCACGCAGUUUUGAAGUGGGUCUGUCCAACUACAUGAUUCAAGACGAGCUUAUGACAGCGUCAAGCUACAUGGAUCCCUACACGCGUCCAGAGAUGGCACGACUGCACACGGCCCGGGGGCAUGGGGCAUGGUGCGCGAACAUGAGUGACAUUAGGCCAUACCUACAGAUAGACUUAAGGUCUCAAUACGAUAUUGGCUUCAUCGCGAUCCAAGGCCAGAGAAACAAAGAGGCUUGGGUGGAGCAGUUUAAGAUCUCUUACCGUCAGCUGGAUCAGGACUGGAUAAACUACAAUAAGGUUUUUCAAGGAAGCAAUGACGAUAGUUCUGUCAUCAAGUAUACAUUAAACACUUCCAUUAAUGCGAGGUUCAUCCGAAUAUACCCUGUGAAGUGGAAACAAAGGGCUUGUUUGAGGAUGGAAUUAUACGGAUUUCAUGUUGGCCGAAAAGAUCGACGUUCCCGUGCCUUAGGAAUGCAAAAUGGCGAUAUUCCAUCUAGUAACAUUUCCGCGCUAACUUGGAGUGAAAAUCCACCUUGGAAUGGUCGUUUAAUGAUGAGUAAUUAUUGGUAUGCACCCCGUUCCCCCAAUUUCCUGUUGGUGGAUCUUGGGCUUUACGGGGCCGUCAUAACGGCGGUGGCGUCACAAGGCUAUGAAAGCCGCGCCGUGCGGGGAUACAGCUUACACUUUAGCACUGAUGGUGUCAUGUGGGUGCACUAUACGCAAUUUGGACAAAAAAAGAUUUUCACAGGAAAUCUGAUGAAUGCUUGGCAUGUUGUUGUCAAUCACACAUUGGAUAAACAUCCACCUCCCACCAGAUACGUGAAGAUUUUUGUUGAAAGCGUGUACUCAAGCUUUUUUCCACCUGGCAUGAAAGUUGAGCUUUAUGGGUAUUACGUUUGCAAUUCAAGUAUCUUAUUUCCAAGCGAGAACUCUUCUUAUACGGAACCUGGCGUAAACUACACCAUGAGCCACACAUAUGGAAUGUUAACCCACAAUGCUUCACUGACCGGUCACAUCACGUGGUGCGCAGAGUUCAACGACAGCAGGCAGUUCUUGCAGCUCGAGCUUUCACGAGAAGUGCUAGUUAAAGGAAUAGAUAUUCAGGAUCAUGGCACGCAGUCGCUGCUCUACAACUUGCUAUAUGCCAAUGAGAACCAGGGCUUCACAGCCUAUCGUAGCCGGGGAGAACUGUCCCCAAGGACCUUUACAACUGGACGCCACGACCUCUUUGAGCAUUUCUCAGCGCGUUUCAUCAAAAUCAUUCCCUUUUUUAAGGAUUCCCUUUGCAUGGAAUUGCAUAAUAUCAUCGGAUGUGACCAUACUCACGAAUUGGGAAUGGGAAAUCAAAAGAUAGAAGAUGACGAGAUCUCCGCUAGCUCAGUCCUUGCUGGCCAGUUCUUCCAAGAAGAAGAAGAAAAGCUCUUCUCGGCAUUCAACACACGACUAGACUCAGACACACUCUACCGCGCUUGGUGUGCUGGUGCACAGGAUACCCAACAGUACCUACAGAUAGACCUAAAGUACACGCAUCACGUUGUUGCUAUAGUUACUCAAGGACAACAUAGGACCGGGCAUGAGUCAUGGGUGACCGAGUACUCGGUGUCAUAUUCCCAGAAGAGUGAAAGCUGGGAAUGGUAUUCUGAUAAUGAAGACAUUAAGGUUUUAACGGGAAAUCAAAAUCCCCAUCAUGUUAUGAGACAGGAACUUCAUCCGCCAAUCACAGCACGCCACGUCAGAAUUCACCCACAUUCCUGGAAUGGUUCUAUUUGCAUGCGCGUGGAGCUAAUCGGAAAUUCAGUCUGUUUCAGUCCUCUUGGUAUAAAUUAUGGGUUGAUCCCCAACUCUGCGAUGAAAUCGAUGAACGCCACUUUAGACUUGGAAAAUGAAUCACCAUGGCAUGGUCGGCUUCUAAGUUUUAAGCAACAAGAUAGGUAUCAGGGGGCUUGGUGCGUGUCUGGCAGCGACACAGAGCGCAAGCUACAGAUAGACCUAGGCGAGGAAAUGGUCAUCGCUGGGGUAGCGACUCAAGGAAGAUUUUUUCAUUACACCCAGACAGUCUCAAGCUAUGCCUUGUUGUACAGCUCGGACGGUCUGUCUUGGACUAACUUCACAGAAAAUGGGAAAGCUAAGGUAUUUCCUGGUAACCACGAAAAGCCUGAAGAAGUGGCUUACCAUAUUCUGUCCAAUAACUUCACGGCGCGUUAUGUGCGAUUCCAUGUCCUGACAUGGGUUGAAAGACCAUGCAUGAGAGUAGAGCUUCUUGGUUGCCACGUACCAACUCCUCCUGCUCAAAAUGGUGGUUACACUAACUUUACUGCCUGGUCCGAGUGCCCAGUAACUUGUGGUGGUGGUAUCCAGACGAAAACCAGGAAUUGCACAAAUCCUGAACCGAACUUCAAUGGUACUGACUGCGAUGUGCUAGGGCCAAGGGUUAGAACACGCCCAUGCAAUAUUCAUCUCUGUCCAGCACCGAACAUCACCUUUCCAUUGUACACCAGAACGGACGAGUCAUUCACUGUUGAGCAACCUUCGUGUGAUGAUAGCAAAUUUUCUACUUAUAGUAUUGGUAAUACCUCAACCAACACGACAGUAUGCAGUGUCAGUCACGCCUUCUCCCUUCCGGGAAUCUACCCUGUGCGCGUUUCUCGCGAAAAACAUCUACCAAACAUAGGGAUCAUCUAUACACAGAACGCUAUCUCAGGACUGGCAUUUGUAAAUAUAAGCUCUUCCAUAUUAGUCGGGAAGACAUUCACCUUUUUCUGGACGUUUGAUGUUGGAACAAUGGUAAUUGCUUACGUCAAUUAUGGAGACGAAACCAUUGGAUGUAAUGUGACUGUUGGAGAGUCUGAAAGGCCCCAUGUUUCAACUUGCUCUCAUAUCUUCACCACACCAGGGAUCUACAUUGUUACCCUGCUUACCUCAAACUUUGUCAGCAACCAAACGAUAUUUGCCCCUGUUAUUGUAGAACACCCUGUGAAUAUACUCAACAUCUCACUACGAAAUCUGGGGAAAUUUGACCGAAUAUACCAGCUCGAUAACCUUGAGAUACUCCUAGAGGUUAAUGGAUCGAACCCUCAUGUCAAUUACACCAUGGAUAAUGGUGUACUGUAUACAGAAAUAGUGGUAUUUUCACUUGUGCAUAAUUACCCCCUUCCAGGAGUCUAUAAUGUCACAGUGCAUCUAUUUAAUAACGUAAGUCAAGCAAAUGCAUCGCUCGUUAUCGAAGUCUAUGAGAUUAUCCCUUUUACUAAAACAAACCUGACAGUUCGCCCGCAAUCUUUUUUGGGGGCAUCACUGAUGCACUUUGAUGUAAAUGGCUCCAAUCCAUACGAAUGUAUUUGGAGCUUUGGCGAUGGCAACUCUUCUCUCGUAUCUUCCCUUGAGAACAAAGCCGUUAUAACGUACCUCUAUAACAACGUUGGUGUAUAUGAUGUUACCGUAAACUGUAGCAACAACCUUGGGUAUAUAGUAUCUAACGGAGUGGCCAUUGUUCAAAAUCAAAUUGAAGAACCUCAGCUUACCAGUGACUCGCCGCGGGAAAUCAACGAAACGAUGACGUUUACCAUAACAGCGUCUGAGUUCGGUACAAACUCGUGUUAUGUGGCGGAUAUCGGUAACGAUACCGUGAUUGGUUAUGGGAAAAGCCAUUGUCUUGCUAGAUUCUCAAACGUGACAUUCAAAGACGAAGCUGGACCACUUACCUUUGGACACAUUUACCAGGAAGUCAAAGUGUACUACACCAAACUGACAGCCUGGAAUUUAGUAUCAGAGUUUACCAUAUAUGGUCAUGUAGUAGCCCUGAAGAUUCCUUGUAACAAUCCAAACACAAGUAUUAUAAAUCUUGGACUUGAUAAAGAAAACGCAACAGCCCUGACUCGCCCGAUCGCUAAAACGUUUUUAACAGCUACCGUUAUCGAUUGCAAAGCAACUCAGUUGAAAGACAAUGUUUGGACCAUCCAGGCGCUAACACCGAUCGGUGAGCCGCAAACAGUUGGCACGUUUGAGGACUAUACCUUGGAACCAAAGACUCUUCAUUAUGGGCAAUACAGGGUACGAUUCAACGUUUCCAUGAGAGGACAGGAGGGAGUAUACCAACACGCUGAUGCGUACUUCCAAAUUAAGCCAAGUUCUCUUGUUGCGACUAUUAGAGGCGGGCAGGUGAUCACGCGGAAAUUUGGCUCCGUUGUAACGUUUGAUGCGUCUAAUUCGUACGACCCGGACUACGACGGAACCUCAGAUUUCAACUAUUAUUGGUUCUGUUACAAUAAAAACAGCACAAUAAAAGCGGACAUCGAGGUUCUCAGCGCAGGGCAACCACUGGAGUACUCUCCAGAGUUCAGUCAUGAGCGAUUCUGCAAUAGUUCUUAUCCAAAUCGGUUGAUGAAGGCUGGGGAUAACGUGAGCCUUGAUCUUGGAAGGUUGCUUGUGAAUGAGUCAUAUGCUAUUGUACUGGUGGUGGCCCGUACUCUACGCGAGGUCAAAAGACGCACGAUGACAACGCAAACGCUGCACGUCGUACCGGGGAACCCGCCAGCGCUUGAAAUAAGUUGCUUGAGGAACUGCAGGGCAAAGGCUUUUUCAAGCGAGAAGUUUUCGUUUGUAGGAUCAUGUGAAAACGAGACAAUCACAAACCCGGUUUCCUACUCCUGGCAGUUAUUUGAGGAAACUGCAGAUGGACGGUCAUUGCUAGUAUCAGCAAACCACAUGGAUAAUAUAACAACCACGGGAACACUUCAAAAAUUCAUAGUAAUGCGAGCGAAUUCACUGAAAGGAGGCGUCAAAUACAGGCUUAUCUUAACUGGUCGAAUGUACGGAAGAACAGACGGUCGCUCUGAAUACGUGUUUAUAGUAAACCUACCUCCACAGUUUGGUUCUUGCUUUAUUGAUAAACCUACAGGGUUAGCCAACAUAACUGAGUUCACUUUAUCGUGUUCCGACUGGCAGGACACUGACACGCCGCUAAAUUACGAAUUCAACUACAUUAACAUGUUCGGGCUGGCGACAACAUUAUACUAUGGCGAGCGCAACACCGUCGUUACCAAGUUACCUGUAGGAAACCCCGGCAAAAACUUCACUCUGGAGGCCGUUGUAAAAAUAGCCGACUGCUUUGGUUCAUACACUACCCAGGUGAUGGCUACACAGGUGCUUAUUCCCCCUGGGGAAGAAAAUGCGCUGACCGAUGAGGUUUACCAACUGAUUGCUGACCAGGACGGUAUGAUCAAUAAGCUCAUGAUCGAUGGAAAGACACAGGAGUUGACACAAGAAAUCAAUUGCCAGAUGUCAAUUAUUAACAUCUUGGCGACACAUUCUGGGAGGAGUGGGAGCGAGGAAGACAGGUCGACAAGACAAAAGACAAGAAGUAUGGUGGUCGAUUUGUUCGAAAACAAAACGGUAACUUCACUGUCAGCUGUCAAGCAGAUAGGAUCCACAAUUGCUAUGGUCUCUGCUAUAAAGGAAGAAGUUGAUGCCACGACACAGCGGAAGGUCUUGAAAAGUUUAACCUCAAUGAAGAAACUCAUGACAUCCAAAAUAAACAAUACUGAAGUGUCAAGCAAGACUCUUGAGGAGGUCGGCGUGGUACUGGUGUUUGGUAUAGGAAACCUUAUUGCGGCCGCGGGAGACUCAGCACGAAACUAUGGCGAUCCUCCUGCGAAGGAGGCCGAUCAACCCGUUAAUGCAUCGCGGUCGCUGGCAAGGCAGCUCUCUCUAGAAGCAACAAAGUCAUUAGAUGAGGUUUCAAAAAAUCUUCUCUCGCUGCAAGUUCCCGGAGAGGAAGCCAUCCAGAUCGUUACACCUUUUGUAGGUGUCGUGCUCAAGAAAGUGUUCCCGGAUAAGGUUGGAGAAGCUCCUAUUAGUUGUAAUGGUGCAGUUGUCAACCUCCCUCCGGCAUCCACGAUGUUUGACAAUAAGACUCUGGGCUCUAGACAUAUAGAUACUCAGACGAUAAAAUUUGAAGAUAACCCUAACACUUGGGACGAGACAUCAGAAAGCAUCAAAUCAAGCGUCGUCAGCAUGGAAUUAAGAAACGAUAACAACUUUGUUUUGACCGUCGCCAACCUAAGCACUCCAAUUAAUCUUUUUAUUCCACGUGCUUCGCCAGAAUCUGAUCGCAAUGAAACCUUAUUCGUUCCUAAACGAAAUGGUAGCAUUGUUUACCACUCUUACAACAUAACACUCGACGAGUUGCCUGUAGGAUUUCGAGUUGGUGGGGACCCUCGAAGUAGUUUCCAUAUCUUCUUGAAGAUGAAUGAUAGGCCACAAGUCCACACGGACGAAGUGAUCGCUAUACUUCCCAACUAUUCAAUGUGUAAUGAAUCAAACCCCAGUUAUGACGAAGAAACUUGUGAAGCGGACGCCUAUACAAUUUUUCUGGAUGAUAAUUUGAUCACAAAGCCUGGGUUGUAUUAUAUCGGGUUGCGCCAUUUCAUGGCAGAGGAGAAGAUCAGUAAACGUGUCAGGCGAGAUUGUGGUGGAAGCUCUCGAGAACGGCGCUCAUGCUUGCUGUAUAAGGACCCGCCACCCAGGCCCACGCAGGCGCCGGGACAAGGUGGAAGAUUGGAGACGGUAGUACCGGUUUUUGACGAGAAACGUGACGUAAGGUACACCAUCGACAAAUUCCAGUCUUCCUGCAAGUACUGGGACGUCGAAAGGGAAGUCUGGACAACAAAAGGCUGCAAGGUUGGCAAUCUGACCAAGCUCAAUAAAGUCCACUGUAUCUGUGACCAUCUCACAGCGUUUGGAGGGGGUCUGCUCGUAGCACCAAAUCCUAUUGACUUCGACAAGGUUUGGGCUGGCUUCAAAAACAUCUCCGACAAUUUGUCUGUUGUUGUGACCAUUGCUACGGGUUUUGGUCUUUAUCUUCUCAUUGCAUUUUGGGCGCGCAGAAAGGAUAAGAAGGAUUAUGAAAAGAAUGGUAUCACUGUUAUUGAGACGGAUGCAAAUUUUGGAGAACAUCUCUACGAGCUGUCCAUUUAUACGGGCUCUUGGAAAGGUUCAUCUACCACUGCCAAGGUGUUCAUUGAUAUCUUUGGUGAGCAAGGACAAAGUGGACCAAUUGCCUUGAAAGAUGAAGACAAACAGCUCUUCACUGUAGGGGCAGUUAACACAUUCCUUGUUCCCUUGGACUAUAGCCUGGGUCCACUACUGUACCUUCGGGUCUGGCACGACCUGUCUGGAUAUGACUCCUCCUGGUAUCUGAAUUUUAUCAUUGUAAGGGAUUUGCAGGCAAACGUCAAGUGGGUAUUCGUUUGUGAUCGUUGGCUUGCAUUGGAAAAGGACGAUGGACUCGCAGACCGAGUUCUUUUAGUCAGCACAGAUAAAGAUUUGAAGACAUUCAAAACAUUAUUUAAUACUAAGAUCUCCAAUGACUUGUUCGAUGGUCAUCUUUGGAUGUCGAUUGUGAAAAAGCCGCCAAAAAGUUCUUUUACUCGAGUGCAGCGGUUGACGUGUUGUAUGUCUCUACUUUAUACAACGAUGAUGACAAGUGCAAUGUUUUACAAUGUGGGUGGGAAACAAGAUAACUCAACAUUAACUCUUGGACCUAUCACGCUCAGCAUUAGACAAAUUAUGAUUGGAGUCCAAAGCAGUUUAAUUGCUCUUCCUGGAAAUCUUAUAAUUCUACAAAUAUUCAGAAAUAUUACACCUCGUGGGGAAGAGAAAAAGCAAACGAAAAGACAAAAGGCAUACGAGGUUGAAGAUACGAGCGAUGAAAGUGAAUGUUACUCUAAAACUGCUGAAGAAAAGGGCGAAAACGCAGUUGACAAGGAGAACAAAGGCGUCGAGAAAAAGAAAAAGCUUUGCCCGGAACAAAUCCCUUACUGGUUUUUGUACGUCGCUUGGGCACUUGCUAUUAGUAUGAUCCUCGUCUCUGCGACAAUUACUCUGUUCUACAGCAUGAUGUGGGGUAAAGAGAUAUCCAAUCAGUGGCUUUCAUCAAUGCUUGUGUCUUUCUUCCAAGAUGCAUUCGUAACACAACCCAUCAAAGUAUGUGCACUGGCUGUAUUUGUGGCUGCUGUGCUGAAAACGUUGCCACAAGAAUUUUCAGAUGCAAAAAAGGACGAGCCUGAAUUAACAAAUUCAAGAUGUAACAGCAAUUUGCAAUCCCAAAAAGAAGAAUCAAAAUCAAAGAUGCCUUUUUAUGCACCUGAUCCAGAGAUGGUAGAAAGGGCCAGGAAAUUUAAGCUUAAGGAGACGCAGAUGUUUGGAAUCAUGUCAAGUGUCACGUUUCAUUUGGUUUUCCUAGCGCUUCUGGCUGUAGUUGGCUAUACGUCACGUGAUCCAAUGUCGUACCAGCAGAUGGUCGUGAUCGAGGACUCGAUCGGUCACCAAGUGGGAAACAUAAGAGACUUCUGGGCAUACGUCGACAAUACAUUUCUUCCUUUUGCAUUCAACGAGCGUGGUUACAAUGGAAUUCGCAUGCACCAGGAGGGCGUCAGCGCGGAUGCAAAUCUGUUUAUAAUAGGAAUGCCACGCUUCCGUCAACUAAGGGUGCAGGAAGAACCUUGCAAGACCAAUCAUUCUGAAAUGUGUCACGACAAAUAUUCUGCAUUCAAUGAAGAGAAAUCUUAUUUCCUUCCUGGCUGGCGCACGAGGGCCAACCUAACCUUCACAGAGUGCCCCGUACCGUGGCGUCAUAAGGACUUCAUCGAGCUUAACACGGUUCCUUACUGGGGUAAUCUAGGUUGGUACGGCGGAGGUGGUUAUACUGCCGAUCUGGGAUAUAACAUCAUUCAAGCGCAAGGAAUCAUCAAAGACCUUGUUCGCAACAAUUGGUUGGAUCAGCAGACUCGCGCUACAUUUAUCGAGUUCACGGUGUUUAACGCCCAAGUAAAUCUUUUUAGUGUCACAACGUAUUUACUCGAGAGUAUAGGCACGGGUGGAGGGUUCUCACUUCUGAAAAUUGACACAUUUCGUCUCCACCCACAUGUUGGCCCAGGACAGGCAUUGGUUAUCCUCUGUGAGCUAGCAGUUGUUGUCGUGACCAUUAUUCUUGCCUACAGCAACAUUAAGAAGAUCUACCAGACACGAAUGGAGUUCUUCAAGAUAACGUGGAACAUAGUGCAACUUGUGGUGAUCGGUCUGACGCUGUCAGCGGUUGUACUAUUCGUGAUUAGACUGAUUGACACUCAGAGAACUAUCCAAAAGUUGCAAGAAAACCCAUUUGUAUUCGUCAGCUUCCACUACGCCACUAAAUGGGCUGAGCUGAACACGUACAUAGUAGCCAUCGUGAUUUUCCUAUCAACUUUACGGCUACUGUAUUUGAUGAGCUUCAAUCGCCAUAUCAUCGUGUUGUACCACAGUGUGUCUAAAUCAUUGAAGAGUCUUGGUUUCUUAGCAGUGGAAUCAGUCAUCCUCUAUGGAGCAUUUGCAAUAUUCGCUUACGUGGUAUUUGGCCCUCGGCUUGAUGGAUUUGGAACAUUCAUGCAGACUUGUCAAGCACUAUUUGCGAUGAUGCUUGGGAAAGGCUACUACACUGAGCUUUCAAGAGUUGACCCAAUACUAGGGCCUCUAUUUUUCUCUUUCUUUACGGUCAGUAUGAUGUUCUUCAUGCUGAACAUGUUCGUCGCUGUGCUGAUGGAGCCGUAUGAGGAAGCAAAGCAGGAAUUCACCGGUGACGGAGCUGAGUUUGAAAUGGCGACGUUCAUGCUUGAUAGGUUCAAAGUGUUCAUCGGUGUCGGUAAGCCCCCUGGGGACCCAUGGCGGGACUCCAACCAACCUCGCCCUCAAUAUCUGUCAUUUACAAAGCAGCUGAAGAGAGAACUUCAAAUCUUAGAAGAAUGCGCAGAAAACGCAGAAGAGACAGUGAACCGUUUAACAAAAGUCACGGACGAUAUACAUUUCGAAUCACUAGAAUUCAUUUUGUUUCACUCCUCGUAAGAAAAAACAGGUCGAGAAGAUAGUGAGUCUUAGGCCCUGUUCACAUUAAGAUAAGGUGCCCUUACCCCUCAGAUAUAGAGAUGGUUACAGCUUCUUCACAUGGACUCCCCUGCUGUUCCUAAGAGAAAGGGCUAGCCUUACAAGAUCGACAACUAAGCAAUAUAGAUGAACCAUUUAAAAACCGUUUAAUCUACCCCCCCCCCCCCUCCCCUCCAAGCAGGGAUAUCUCUAUUUGAUGCGCUCACAUUCCAAUUUUCCCUUAUUACCAGUUUCCCUACCGGAAAGGUACCCUAUCUCUUGCAUGUGAACCAAACCGUGUAUACAGUAGCGGAUCUAGGGUGAGGGUUCAGAUGAGUUUAAACCCCCCUCUUGGGCUGCCAGAAAGCCAUAUGAAACAAAAAAAAUACCCCGGUCCGUCUUUGUCACUGAGCCAAACCCCCCUUUAGCGAAAAGCUAGAUCCACCCCUGGUACAACAAGGGAAAAAGCACAACCUACUAGGUAGAGGCACCUCACCUCAUGUGUAACUUGUGUAAGGAGAUUACACUAUUUCAUCAUGUUUUGAUAACUUUGGGUUUCCUUACGAGAAACAAGGGCACAAAUCGGAUCGGAUCUGUUCCGCAAAAUAUCUCUUUCGCAGCCCGUUUUUUUGCUGGCUGGGAAGAUGUUAAACCCCUCGGUUGCUGGGAAAAAAAUCGUCCCGAAUGGUUCUGCUGGCAAAUCGGAUCGGAUCUAUGUUCCGCAGCCCGAUUCUUUGCUGGCUUGAAAGAUGUUAGACCCCUCGGUUGCUGGGAAGAAAGGUCGUCCCGAAUGGUUCUGUUGGCAAAUCUGUGGAGUCGAACUAGUUGUGCUGGGAAUAGUUUUGGGGGCGCUGGAGUAAAUGCUUGGGGGGAAAAAUCGUCCCGAUCGGUAUACGGGCAAUUAUUCGUGUGCUAAAUAACUGACCUCUGCUGGCUGGGAAAAAACUCAACCAAUGCUGGCUUGGAAAAAAGGAAUGGUUUCCCCUUUUUUCCCCAGCAACUUUUAAAAUGGAAAUUUUCAGCAUCAGAACAUAUUCAAACGACGAAAUAUUUUAACGUGUUUCGGGAUGGGGGGGCUGUAUGCCCUUGGAAAAACGAUCAGCUUGUCAGCUUAAGGAGGGGUUUGGCUCAGUGACAAAGGUGGAGAGUGGUGAUUUUUUUUUUGUUACGUAUGGCUUUCUGACUUUUUUUUGUUACGUAUGGCUUUCUGACAGCCCAACGGGGGUUUAAAACACUUAAAAUCCUCUACUGCUUGUGAAAUAUAUUUGGGUCUUAUAUAUCUAUUUCUAUCGCAAAGCACAUUGAACUCAGUUUGUCGAAUAAGAAACAAAAAGGCAGUAUUUCUCCUUUUAGCUGCUUUUUGAGCAUAUGUAACGUUUUGUAACGUAGCUUUGCUCUGUCUAAUCUCACGUUCUAAUUUCAUUGUCUCAUUUUAAUAAUUGUAUGAUUCCACCAAUGCUUUUCAUAAUAAUAAAUUUGGAUUUGGUCACGUU